UACUUUUCUCUCUUCCACUUCUCUUCGCCCCUCUCUCGUAACCUCUCAUUUCUCAAGAACAAAACAUAAUUUUUUUCCCUGAAAACAAAAGAAAAACAACUUUGGAAAUUCAAAUCGGUACGAGAAGAAACCCUGUUGUGUUGUUCUUCAUGUGUUAAAAUGCAGCGGAGAACGGUGACGAUUAAGUGGGAUCAGUUAGAUGACUUCAUUGAUGAAGACGAUGAAUUCUUUGAAAGCACGAAUCGUCUCUCGGCGGUUGUCCCUCUUGACAUGCCUUUAUCAGAAUUCGAUUAUGAUGAAAACGACCAAGAUUUUGAUGGUAGUAACGUUUCUUUCAACAAACUUUCAUCGAUCAACUCAGUCAAGGGAAAUCAAAACUUUAUGAUUAAUUCUCAAUAUGACAUGUGGAUGGUUGCACCUGGGUCAAUCACCGACCGACGAAGGCGGCUUCUUGAGGAUAUGGGGUUGAACAACGACAAAGAUUUUACUCGGUUAACCACCAACAAACUCAACAAAGCAUAUACGAAAAGAUUGGUUUCGACAAAACCUGUUAUCACUUCGCUAGACACAAAAAUAGCAGACGAAAAACCAAAUGUUGUUUCAGACGUAAAAAAAUCUUCAACACCUUUAGAAGAAUCUAAACAUGUUGAACAAAAGCAGCAUGAGUCUCUCCCGUCGGCUGAGACUCAACCUCAACCCCCACCUCAGUCUCAAGCUCCGGCUAAACUUCAUUCACAGGCCCACCAUCCCCAGUCUCAACCUGAACCACAACCACCACAACCUCGGCCGGCGCCUCAGGCUCAUGUUCAGACCCAAGUUCAAGCUUCAAAUUUUCCUGUACUGUUAAUCCGUUCUAGAUCCGAUGGUGACAUAGAUACAAGUUCCUUCAACACGAAACAACGGAAAGAGGAACUGAUUGGAUCAAUUUCUAAGCAACGCCUUACAAGAACAUCAUCUGAAUUGGUCACACCAUCUGUCGGAUUACCAUGUCAGUAUGCCAACGUUGUUAGAGUUUUCACACCAGGACGAACAAAAAAGUCUUCGGUUGCUAAAGCCAAGAACAAGGACAACACUAACAAUGCUACCACUAACACACAAUUGGAUUCUUUCUUCUUGAUCAAGAAUCUGGAUACAGGGAAAGAAUUUGUAGUUAAAGAAACCAAUGAGGAGGGCUGGAAUAAGGUGAGUGAUCUUCAAACGGGGAAGCAACUCACAAUGGACGAGUUUGAGAAAACCGUCGGGCAUUCACCUAUGGUGAAGGAAUUAAUGCGGAGAACAAGCCGCAAGAAAAACGGCAACGUCACCGGAAAAUUGGCUUCCACCAAUUCUUUAAUUAGCAAGAGCUUUAGAAAUAGCAAGAAGAAAGGAGCUGCAAUAUUGAAGACCAUAAAAAGUUCGGUGAAAGGAUCGAAGGUAGAGAAAGAAAAGGAUGAUAACGUAGCAACUAAGACAACCACCACCACCACAAAUAACACUUCUUCAUCUUCCUCUAAGACAAGCGGAGAACAAAAAACCAGUGGCCAGCCAAAAACCAGUGGAGAACUAAAACCCAGCGGAGAACAACAGAAAACUAGUGGAGAACUAAAAACCAGCAGAGAACAACAGAAAACCAGUGGAGAGCUGCAGAAAACAAGCGGAGAUCAACAGCAGAAAGCCACCGUAGAACAUGAGAAAACAGGCGGAGGACAGCCGAAACCUAGCGGAGAACAGAAAACCGUGGGAGGACAGAAGAAGUGUACUUGUGUAGAGCAGAAAGCGUCAACUGACAAGAAUUCCAAUUCAGAAUGGGUGAAAGCUAGAGCUCAUGGUAAACCCGUGAAGGAAUUCUCAGCAUUGCAUCUAUGUCAAGAAAUCCAGCUGGCUCAUGAUGGUUCGAUUUGGACGAUGAGAUUCAGUUCUGAUGGUCAAUAUCUAGCCACCGCUGGGGAAGAUACAGUUAUCAAUAUUUGGGAAGUGCAAGAAUGCGAUGUUAUGUCAAUGCGAUUAGAAGACGUCGACAAGGGUUCAAUUACUCCUGAUAACAGGCCACCAUUACCAGAUAGUUCACCCAUGCCCGCAGAUAAGAAAAAGAAAUCCAAGAACAGUAAAAAGAAAGGGGUUCCUGAUUACGCAAAGGUCCCCGAAACUAUGUUUGGGCUAUCAGAUAUACCCAUUUGUACGUUAGAAGGCCACAAAGAUGAUGUCUUGGAUCUAUCUUGGUCAAAAUCUCAGUUGUUGCUUUCAUCUUCCAUGGACAAAACUGUAAGACUUUGGGAUAUGGCAACCAAGAAGUGUCUGAAACAAUUUACCCAUAGCGAUUAUGUAACCUGCAUACACUUCAAUCCAGCUGAUGACAAUUACUUCAUAAGUGGUUCAUUAGAUACAAAGGUUAGAAUGUGGAGCAUACCCAGUCGAAAAGUCGUAGAUUGGAGUGAUGUUCAUGACAUGAUAACUGCUGUAUGCUAUUAUCCUGAUGGGCAGGGCGCCGUUGUUGGAUUACACAAUGGGGAUUGCAAGGCAUAUUGUACUGCUGAUUGCAAACUCGAGCAAAAGGAUCAAAUUGAGUUGCAUACCAAAGCAAAAGCCGACCCAAAGAAGAUAACCGGUUUUCAGUUUUCUCCAUCAAACCAAUCUGAAGUAUUGGUUACAUCUGCGGACUCCCGUAUUAGAAUUCUAGAAGGGUCACAUGUCGUGAAUAAACUCAUAGGUUACAGAAAUACUAGUAGCCAGUUUUUAGCUCAAUAUAGUUCAGAUGGGAAGUACAUAAUUUGUGCUAGUGAAGACUCACAAGUAUUCAUUUGGAAGCAUGAAAAACCAAAAAGUAGUGGUGGUGCUAAAUCCAAAUACGUGACCACUACUUCUUAUGAACACUUCCCAUGUACAGAAGUUACUGUCGUAGUACCAUGGUCUGGAAGCAGCAAACUUCAAAGGUUAGACAAUGAACCACAAUCCACUCGACACUCCAAAAGAUUGGGUCCAGAUCCUCAAAAGUCAGAGGAUAACGUACAAGCUAAGAAAUCAUCACAGUUGCCACCAGUUCCUAAAAACAGUACAGAAAAAGGUACAAAUUCCACUGUAGACAACUCAGAACAACCUUCUCGUAAUGAGUCAAGUAUCGGGGUUAGCGAUUCCGGUGAUACUUCGUCGCGGUUAGACGGUGGUAAUAACAAUACUGCACAGUCUACAGCGUGGGGGUUGGUGAUUGUGACUGCGGGAGUGGGUGGUGAGAUCAAGGUUUAUCAAAAUGUUGGGUUGCCGGUUAAGGUUGGAACAAAUUUGUUUUAAGAACUCAAUAAUUCCAACGUUUUCUACUAUUAGCAUUCGUAAGUUGUAAAUAUGUACAAAGGAUUUAGAGAGAAUGAAAGAGUAAAUCAGGUAGUUAUGUAGAAACUGAGGGCUAAAUAUGAGAUUAUGUGGAAAUGAG